UUAAACUGAGUUGAGCUGGAGGGCCGAGGAACAGCUGUGGAAAAUCUAAAAUCAAAGUUUGCAGCAAAGGAAUAAAUGAUGUCCUUUCCAAGAAUCGGAUUGAACUAUCCAUAUGAGGAUUUUGAAGUUUAUCCAGAGUAUCUGGAUGUGAUGAUUUGGAUCAACAUUCAUGUGUGUUUACCCUUCACCUUUCUGGUCAUCGCUUUGUGCUGCACAGUCCGUUUGGAUCACAUUCCAGCUACCUACUAUGUGAACCUCCUCGUCUCCAACCUGAUCCAGAUCAUCACUCUGAUUGUAUAUAUGUAUAUAGGCAGAUAUGGUCCCUAUAGACUGUCUGUAGAUUUUAUUUCCUACAGCUGUAGUGGGAUGGCCAGUUUUUCCUUCAGGAUGAUCUUUGCUCUGGAAAGGUUCCUUUACAUAUCCAAGCCACAGUGUCAUUUCAUCAGACAGUGUAAAGGUUUUGUGGCUGUCAGUGUUUGUGGAUGGAUUUUUUCUGGUGUCCUCGUCUUUCUUUUAAUCACUUUUUCUCGCGAUUUACUCCAGCUCUGCCUUUUGCUCCUUGCUGCCGUGGUAACCACCAUCCUUGUUGCUGUAACUCUGAAGUCACUGUGUGCAGCGUCCUCGAUGCCCGUCAAAGAGAAAUGCAGAAACAUAGGAAUUUUAGUUCUGAUGCUGGUUAAUUACAUAGUGACUAUUUUUCCAACAGGCGCUUACUUUAUUUAUAUACGUUCAUAUUUAAAUCAAUAUGAAUAUGGAUAUUACAGGCGAAUGGAGUCAUCAUUGAUCACAAACAUCAUUUUCACAUUGAGUCUUCACUGUCCUGUGAUGGACUUGAUUCUGUUUGCUUUCAUGUCCAAAGGGCCUUUCAUGAAGCUGCUGAUGCGUCUCUGCUGCUGCAGCAAGGAAACAGCUGCAGCAAAUGACAGCAGCAGCUCAUCAGUUUGACUGAAACACAAAAACUGAGAUUUUUUAGAUGAAUCAAAACAAUGAUGAUCAUUAAUAUGAAAAACAAAAACAAAUGCAUGUAAAUCUGCCCUUUUGUCAGGUAAAAGAAACAUUGAUGCCAAAAAUUCAAAGGUUGAAUUGAAGUUUAUUAUAUUUAUUUAUCCAUAAAAAUGUUUUUGUUUUAUUAGCAACCAAAUGUAUUAUAUUAAAUAUUUCAAUUAUUUGAUUUUGCUUCUUAUAAAUAUUUGGCUUAAUUAGUCAUUCUGUGUUUUCUUUUCCAUUUAACUUUUGUAUUUUAAGAUAUUUACACUUUAAACAUCAUAUUGUGAUUUAAAAGAAAAAAAUUGCUUUGCUUCUUUUAGCAUUGGUGCAGAAAUAUCUCCUAAAGUUUCUGAAAUUGUAACAAUAACCUGAUAAAUUAUAAAUAACUGUUAACUAAAAUUACUGUUGUGAAUUAUCAUCAGUUUAUUAAGGCAAAAAUAAAUUAUUUAGUGACUGGAACUUAAAAACAUGUUAAGCGUUAACAAUAGUUUAAAAGAUGUUUUAAAGAUAUUAUAGUUUCGUUUUACUUGCUGUAAACAAAGUGCUGUAAAUUAGCUUAGACUAUAAGUACAAAUACAUUUGAUGGAAUUGCUGUUUUAUUCUGUUUAUUUAUGUAAAUUUG